UGGCAAUGUUCAUUUAAGGAGCCGCUACUGAGCAUGCGCUCACAACGGUUGCAAGAAAAGGAAUCCCGCAGGGACUGGGAGGGAUCAAGAAAGAGAGACCUCGGUCCGGUUUUAGUACUUGUAAUUACAGAUACUGCCUGAGGCAAAUACCACUGUCCUAUGAGAUCAUGGGUGAGGAGCAGGAAUCAGUGUCAUUCAAAGAUGUAACUAUAGACUUCAGCUGGGAGGAGUGGCAACAAUUGGACUUUGCUCAGAAAAGCCUCUACAGGGAUGUAAUGCUGGAAAACUAUUUCAACUUGAUCUCAGUGGGGUGUCAAGUUCCCAAACCAGAAGUCAUUUUCAACUUGGAGCAAGUAGAAAACCCAUGUAUGUUGCAUCGUAAAAUCUCACGUCAGAGCUGUCUAGGUACUAAAGGAGGGGGUUUUCCAAAGAAAAUCUCAAAUGAGAUGGGGAUAUUGGUUUUGAAACUUCACAACAGGGAAUGUCUGAAGAACUUUCAAUUCGGUUUGAGAGAAUUAAUCUCUUCACAAGGGAUGACCCAUAUUCCAUUUUAGAAUUGUGGCAAGAUUAUGAGCAGACAGGAAGAUAUGAAGAAAACCAGAAAAAACAUUCAUUUCACAUUGCCUUCAUCAAUAAGCAAAUACUCGCUAAUGUGAGGCAGUAUGACUAUAAGGGCAAUGGGAAAAUAGUUCAUGUAAACACAUACCUUAUUCCUUCAAGAAAAAGACUCUAUAACUAUGACUCAUUUGGAAAGAAUUUGAAGCCUAUUAUAAGCUUAUGUAAUUAUAAGAGAAACAAUGCAACAGAAAGAUUAGAUAAGAUUAUUGGAUAUGGUAACAUUUUCACUUAUAUAAAUUCUCAUACAGAAAUGAAUGCUUGUGAAUGUAAUCAGUGUAAGAAACUUCUGAGUCAUAAGCAAGCUCUCAUUCAACAUAAAAAAAAUGAUACUGGGGAGAACCUCUAUUUAUUUUCUAAUUGCAUAAACAUUUUCACACAGAUGUCACACUUAUUUGUACAUGAUAGUAUUUAUACUGAAGAGAAACAGUAUGAAUGCAGCAAAUGUGAGACAAUCUUCAUUCAGAAGAUUGCUGUACCUCAGAAGGUUUACACAGGAAAGAAACCCUAUAUAUGCACUAAAUACAGGAGGGAUGUUUCCCUCAAGUCAAGUCAUGAGAAAACUCACACUGAAGAGAAUCAUUAUACAUGCAGUGAAUAUGUAAGAGCAUUUAUCCAGAAGUCAGAUGUAUUCAGAUGCCAAGAAAUUCAUUGUGGAGAAAAACCUUACGAAUACAGUGAAUGUGGGAAAAACAUCUCUCAGAAUUCAGACCUCAGUAUGCAUAAAAAAAGUCAUACUGGAAAGAAACACUUUGAUUGUACCGAAUGUGGAAAAGCCUUCACAAGAAAAUCAACAUUAGGUAUGCAUCAGAAAAUUCAUACAGGAGAAAAACCAUAUGUAUGUACUGAAUGUGGGAAAGCCUUUAUCCGGAAAUCACAUUUUAUUACACAUGAGAGAAUUCAUACUGGAGAGAAACCUUAUGAAUGCAGUGACUGUGGGAAGUCCUUUAUAAAGAAGUCACAACUCCAUGUGCAUCAGCGAAUUCACACAGGAGAGAAUCCCUUUAUAUGUUCAGAAUGUGGGAAGGUCUUUACCCACAAGACAAAUCUCAUUAUACACCAGAAAAUUCAUACUGGAGAAAGACCCUAUAUCUGUACUGAAUGUGGGAAGGCCUUUACUGAUAGGUCAAAUCUCAUUAAGCACCAAAAAAUUCAUACUGGAGAGAAACCCUAUAAAUGCGGUGACUGUGGAAAAUCAUUUAUCUGGAAGUCACGGCUCAGUAUACAUCAGAAAUGUCAUACUGGAGAGAGACAUUAUGAGUGCAGUGAAUGUGGGAAAACAUUCAUUCAGAAGUCAACACUAAGUGUGCACCAGAAAAUUCAUAGAGAAGAAAGACCUUAUGUUUGCACUGAAUGUGGGAAGGCCUUCUUCCACAAGUCACAUUUUAUUACACAUGAGAGAAUUCAUACUGGGGAGAAACCUUAUGAAUGCAGUCACUGUGGGAAAUCCUUUACUAAGAAAUCACAGCUCCAUGUACAUCAGCAAAUUCACACAGGAGAGAAACCUUACAGAUGUGCUGAAUGUGGAAAGGCAUUCACUGACAGAUCAAAUCUCUUCACACACCAGAAAAUUCAUACUGGAGAGAAACCCUAUAAAUGUAGUGACUGUGGUAAAGCCUUCACUAGGAAGUCAGGCCUCCAUAUACAUCAACAAUCUCACACUGGAGAAAGACAUUAUGAGUGCAGUGAAUGUGAGAAAGCCUUUGCACGAAAAUCAACACUAACUAUGCAUCAGAGAAUUCAUACAGGAGAGAAGCCCUAUAUUUGUACUGAAUGUGGGAAGUCCUUCAUCCAGAAGUCCCACUUAAAUCGACAUCGGAGAAUUCAUACUGGAGAGAAACCCUAUGAAUGCAGUGACUGUGAGAAGGCCUUCAUUAAGAAGUCACAACUCCAUGAGCAUCAGCGAAUUCACACAGGAGAGAAACCAUAUAUAUGUGCUGAAUGUGGAAGGGCUUUCGCCAUCAGAUCAAAUCUUAUUAAACACCAAAAAAUUCAUACUAAACAGAAGCCCUAUAAAUGCAGUGAAUUUAGGAAAGCCUUAAACUGGAAGCCACAGCUAAGUAUACAUCAGAAAUCUGAUACUGGGGAAGGAGAGUGUCCAGUGCCACAGUCAUGGUGUGGGGACACAAAAUUGUGAGAUGCUACAGCUUUACUAAAAAGCAGGAGGUAACCAAAGCCAACUUUCCUCUACUAGUCAGAAGUCUGAAUAUCUAGAUCACAUAGCUGAUGUUUAGUUACACUUAUGAGGAGACACUUUGGAGAAAGUGUUUACGUAAUGUAUAAUGGUUGUGCUAGGUUAUUUGACAGAUACUGGGAUUGUCAAGCUGCAAAUAAUGGUAAAUAUGCAAGGCUAUAUCUUUGCAGUCUUUCUUGUUUCACAUUUUGGAUUAGCAGCUUUAUAAAUUCAGUUGAGUUUUUCAUACCCUGGGUAACAAAAAUACCAAAGGAAUUUCUUAAUAAGUAGAGUGCUAAGAAGAAUUUUUCAUUGCACCCUAAUGAUACUGACAUCAAGGCAAAAGUAUAGACAAUUUAAUAAGUCUAUAAUGAAGAAAAGCCAUAAGUUUUUGUGAAAAUUGACGUUAAAGACACAAAGAAAGGACUUCUUUUGAAAUUUCUAUUACUUAUUGUUUAUAGUAUCUAUUAAUGUGUGAAAUUUGGAUAAGAAAAUUUUAAAUAUACAAUUCGACUUGACAUUGGCUUACCUGAAUAUUUAUAGGCAUCUUUAGGUAACCAACAUGUUCCCUUAUUUAUUAAUUCCCUGCCAUGGCAGCAGGAAACUUACAUCCAAGAGGCAUAAAGUGCUCCCAGCCUGUAUUCCACAAGUGAUCAGAGAUGUAAGCAGCAGCUCCACAAACUACUUGUCACAUUAGAACUGUCCCUGAGCUCAUGGAAAUUAGCCACAGGCUACUAAUCUAGAGAUCAGCAUUUCAGAUUCUCAGUCUUAUCCACAGAAACCUAUACUUUCUUACUGAUUUCUGUUUGAAAAAGAGAAAUUAAGAAAAUGGGUUUUGAGACCUAGAAUUAUAUAUUACCUUCCAGUUUUGUUAAUACAUUCUCUACAUAGUCAUUACAUGAUAUAUGGGACACAAUUGUCUUGCAUUUAAGCUUGUUUUCUUAGAAGACACAUAGAUGCACAUUUAGAAGAAUAUUCCUAUCCCCUCUUAAUCUUUAUAAGUUACUUUUAUUUAAUUGUAUUUUCAAAUCUUCUAUAUCUUUAUAGACUUUUAUUCUAUUAGAUAGUGAAAAAUCUUCCACAAUAAUUGUGAGUUUGUCUCUUUUAGAUCUAUGAUUUUGGAUUUAUAUAGAGUUUGUUUUUACAUACAUUCAGAUUUAGAAUUGUUAUACUUUUCUGAUCAAUUUAAACAACCAUUAUGAAAUGUCCCUUUUUAUCUCUAAUGAUAUAUUUUGCCUUAAAAUUUACUAUGUUAAAUAUUAAUGCAAUAUGCAUACUUCACUUAUUUAAGGAUAAUCUAAAUUAGUACUCAUACCACUUUCUGAACAAGGUGAGGAGCUAGGACAUUAACUCCAUUUAUCAUCUUGAUUUAUAUGGUAGUGAUGUCAUGCAUUUGAAUUCUGCAUGUAGUUGACAAAGCCAAUGAUAAUUGUUUCAGAGUCCAAUUCAUUUAAAUCUGCAUAUUUAUCCCUUUUGUUACCCUUUUAUUCCUUCUUGUCCUGUUAUUUCCUUCUAAAAUAAUUUUCUUCUGACUGAAAAACAUCCUUUCGUAUUUCUUUUAGUGUGUAUUUGGUAGUGACAAAUUCUGUUUUUGUUCAUGGAAAAAUGUCUUUAUUUUGCCUUCAUUUUUGAAGGACAUAUUUUUGAGUAUUGAAUUCUAAGUUGGCAGUUAUUUUCUAUCAGUAUUUUGAAGAUAUUUUGUCGUGGUUUGUCUUUGUUGAAAAGUAAGCUUUCAAUCUAACUACCUUUGAAGGUAAUGUGCUUUCUCUUUUUCACUUUAAAAUUUAUGUCUUUGUUUUAGGCUGUCAACAAUUGCACAGCGAUAUGCUUACGUGUGAUUUUCGUGUGUGUAUUCCGCUCGGGGUUUGCAACAUAUUUUUUAUUCAGUGGGGAUAUUUUUUUGUAUGUUUUGGGAAAUUCUUAGCUAUUAUUUAUUCAAAUUAGGCAUGUGCUUUGUUAUCUUCUACUUCUUCUAGACAUGGCCCCAUUAUCUAGAUCCCCUGUUGACCUUUAUCUAUUGGUUGUCGUUUCUCUUGAGUUUUGGUGAUGUCAUGCCUUCUCAUAAACCUAGUGAAUUUGAAUUAAUUACCAGACACUCAUUAUAUAUUAAUAAUUGUAGAGAUAAUUAGAUGGUCUGGAUGAUAUCAUCUUCCUGAGAGGCUUUGCCUUUGUUUAUGACAUGUGACUCAGCUAGGAACACUAGCAGUCCCAGAUUGCCUUCAUCCAAUCAUGUGCUAAGAUUAUUUGAAAAUGUGAAGACUUGUCUAUUUUUUUUUUUCACUCUUUUUCCUAGGGGAUACCCUUAAGAUUUAGGACUUUGGGAGAUUUAACAGGCGUCUCCUUCUUGGAAAGACCUCAAUCCUAGUAUUUGUCCCUUUAGUCCUAUAAAUUUGUCAAAAACUUUAAAGCUUCUCUUGCCCAGUAUGUUCCUUAAGAAUUAAUAAACACUUCUUUGUAGUAAAUAGUUACAAAUUCCAGAGGUUAUGUCUUGUUUCUAAACUUAUUCCUGCAGUUUUUAACUUUCUUCGUACCUCUCCAAUGCCACUACAAAAUUAAAUGUAGCUAAUAUUUUUUUCUACCUUUUUUUUUUUAAUUCUCUAAGGGAGUACUGGUCUGUACUGUCUACUGUGCCAUUAGCAAAAGUUUUCAAUUUUCUGUGAUAGCUGUUCCUAUUUAAGGAGUGUGGAGUCCAGAAAUAUAUUUUUUUAAAGUACUCAAACUUUCCAGACUAACUUAAAAAUAAAAAUGCUGUGAUUUGCAGCAUUACUUUAUUCCUAAUUUUUGUUGCUAAAAGAUAAAGUAUUUACUCUUCGUUAAAGACUUUAUAAACUUUGAUACAUAAGAGAAAAUUACUUCUGGUGGUGUUAAAUUUUACUAUGGUAGCUGCCAAGUUUUAGCAAAAGGAGGAAACUAAGAUCUUUUAAGAUAUCUAUAGUUUUUAGUAUGUUUUUUCCCCUUUGGAAUGGAAAAUUAAGUAAAUGAAGAUUGGUCUAAGAGCCCAGGGAUUUGAAAAUAAGAAUUUCAAAGAUUAUUUUAGUAGGAUAACAGAGGUAAUGAUUCUCAACCUUUCUAUUUAAAAUAAAACAAAAAAUACAAUUCUGUAUUACCAAGUCAAAAAAAAAGAAAAAACUUUCGUCAAGUUUUAAUCUUUAGGAGAAAGGAAGACUUUCUUUUUUUUUCCAUGGAUCUCCAGGGGCACUUGGGAAUUGAUUGAAAAAUGGAUGAUGGAAAAUUAUCCAUCAUGAAUGGAAUAGGAGAGCUAAAUCUUAAGUUGAACUCCAGGGUCAGUAUACAUUGGAUGCAUGUGAGCUAUAAACUUUACUAGGAAAAGUAGUAUGGCAGCAGUAUAACACAGUUCAUUUGUAUACACAGAAAAACUAUUUAAAAAGUUUUACAACCUAAAUUUUUAAAUUAAAAAUGCACUUUAAAUUAAUUUUUGGAAAAUGAAUUCAGUAAAUGUAAGAAAACUUUCACUCAAACGAUUAUACAUCAGAUCAUUCAUAGAGGAAAGUGAUUUUCUAUCUUCAUUCACAAAUUAUACUUUAUUACAUAGAGAAUUCAUGCUGGCAAGUGACCUUAUGAAUACAAUGACAACAAAAUCAUCCACUGAAAAGUCAACUCCUUGAACAUCAGCAAAUUCACACAUGAGAAAUAACAGGUCAAAUCUCAUUAUACACUAAAAACUCAUUUUUGAGAUAAAAACCUAUAAAAGCUGUGACGAGAAGUUAUUAGAAAAUGUCCUAGGAGGAAAUUUUCUGUAUGCACUUUGGGAAUAAUUUCAUUCAGAAAUCAAAUUUCAGUAUUUAUAAGUGAAUGAAAUUAUAUAUUUCCUGAAAGUGAGAAAGUCUCACACAAGUCAGAACCAAUCAUAAAUUAUUUGAAUUACAGAGAAACCCUAUGAUUAUUGUAUAUUGCGUAUUAUAUAUUGCAUGUCAAAAGUUUUUGUCCAUGAGUUACACCUUACUAGACAUCAGAUAAAUAAUUAAGAAAAAUAAGUCUUCUAAGAAUUUUUGUUAAAGUGCCAUAAAAUUCAUAUUGGGGGUAACUGUAAAUUUGAUACAAUUGGAAAAAGACUUCCUAUAGAAGCAAAUUCCAUAUUUUAACUGAAAAAUACAUAUUUAAACACACGUACAAAUGCUUGUGCACACAUAAAAUGGUGUAAAUGUAACUUCUAUAAUUUUAUUUAAUUUUGUACUUUCUUUACUGAUAGCAAUUCCAGUCACAACAGUUUGUCAACAGCUAAGCAAUGCUGAUCAAGUUCACUUUUUUUUUUUUUUUACUCAAAGUCACAUACACAUGUAGGUGUGUGUUUUCAUUGACUUGAAAUGAGAUUAUACUAUACACAUUUUUGCAUUUUUUGCACCCAACGAUAAUGUUUAACUAGCUGAAGAGGCCAGAAAAAAUGUUCUGAUAAUCAUCCUCAAGAGGGGACAUAGCAUAAAGGGUUAGUGGACAGGCAUAAUCAUGCCCUUACCUACUGGAGAUCUUUUUUAAAAUUUCUGUGACACUUCUGGCAGUGAAAUUGAAUUGUGUUUUCUUACUUUCAUAGUUGUCAGACUUCUUUGGAAUAAGACUAGUCUUUUGUAUUUCCAACAAUGUAUAAUGUACUCCCUUUCCUCUACUAAAAGUAGCUAUUACUCUUUAACUUUGAGAAGUGUUAUGAUUUCAAAGCAAUAAUUAGUUUUAAUUUACAUAUUAAUAUGCCUGUUUAAAUGUUUCUUGCCAUUUAAUAUGCUAUUCUGUAAGUUGCCUUUAUAAACCAUUUAUUCAUAUUUUUUUCCUCUUUGGAUUGUUUUUCUUAUCUAUUCAUAACAGUUUAUUGUAUGUUAAAGGUAGUAACUCUUUAAAAAUAAAAUCUUGCUUGUCUCUUGA